AUGGGGGACUUCAAUGUUAUUGCCAAAGUGGAGGAAAAGCUCGGCGGAACUCCUUAUAGGCUGGAGAAGAGCUUUGACUUCCUUAAUUUCAUGGAAGACACAGGGGUUCAAGAUGCAGGUUUUGUAGGAAAUAUUUACACCUGGUGCAACAACAGAGGUGCUCCAGACACAAUAUGGAAGAGACUUGACAGAAUGUUAUACAACUCUGAAUGGUUUGUUUUAUUCAAUAGAACCACUGUCACUCAUCUGGCUAUAUCAGGUUCCGAUCAUGCCCCUCUUCUAAUCCAGUUCACUAAUACAGAAAAGGUGUUUACCAAAUAUUUCAAGUUCCUUAAUGCUUGGACAGACCACCCUCAAUUCUUGGAAGUCAUGGGAAAGAUAUGGAGCUUUGAAUGCCAAGGGAACCCAAUGUGGAUACUACACCAAAAGCUUAAAAGGACUGGCAGCCUUUUAAGUACUUGGUCUAAAGACACCUAUGGAGACAUUUUCGAAGUCCCUAAGAGGUUGGAGCAAGAGAUCAACAAUCUUGAACUUGCUCUCCAGAACAACAACUCUCCAUCCAUAAGAGCAAGUCUCAGUAAGAAAAAGGUUGAGUAUGUGUUCUACUUGAAAACUCAGGCCAACAUCCUAAGGCAGAAAUCCAGAGUGAGGUGGCUAGUGGACGGAGACACCAACACUUCAUACUUCCAUAAAACCAUCACAGACAAAAGAAGGAGAAUUGGAAUUAAUAAGAUCAUGGAUGAAGACCAUGAAUGGGUGGAAGGUAAUGAAAAGGUUGCAGAGGCAGGGGUUAAAUACUUUAAAGGAAUAUUCAGCCAUAUUCCUGAGUAUAAUGACUUCCAAGACCUAGAGUGUAUCAACACAACUAUCACCAAUGAGAUCAACAGAGACCUGAUUGAGCUUCCAACUGAAGAGGAGAUCAGAAAUAACCUCAUGACCAUGGAUUCUGAUAGUGCCCCUAGGCAUGAUGGAUUCACAGCUAAGCUUUUUCAAACCUGUUGGGAGUGGUAG